GGUGCCGCCUUCCUUCAGAAGGAGGCUCCGCAUAGGCGCUAGGCUGCCAGCUGCAGGCGAUGCACCGGUUUGCGGAUCGACCGGGUGGACCUGGCCUAAGAUGGGGAGCGUGCUACUCACGGCUGUGUUCAUAGCGUUACAAUUUGCUACCGGCCUGGCCAACCCUGACUCAAAGCGUUUAUAUGACGACCUGCUGAGCAACUACAACCGACUGAUACGGCCCGUGGGCAACAACUCUGAUCGUCUGACAGUCAAAAUGGGUCUAAGGCUCUCCCAGUUGAUUGAUGUGAAUCUCAAGAAUCAAAUUAUGACGACAAACGUGUGGGUAGAACAGGAAUGGAACGAUUACAAGCUCAAAUGGAACCCGGAUGAUUACGGCGGCGUGGACACCCUGCACGUCCCAUCCGAACACAUUUGGCUGCCAGAUAUAGUGUUGUAUAAUAAUGCGGACGGUAACUAUGAGGUGACAAUAAUGACAAAAGCAAUUUUACAUCAUACGGGUAAAGUAGUAUGGAAACCACCUGCCAUUUAUAAAUCAUUUUGUGAAAUCGAUGUUGAAUAUUUUCCAUUUGAUGAGCAAACAUGUUUUAUGAAAUUCGGAUCCUGGACGUACGACGGUUACAUGGUCGAUCUUCGGCACCUCCAGCAGACACCGGACUCAGACAACAUCGACAUCGGCAUCGAUCUGCAAGAUUACUAUAUAUCAGUUGAAUGGGACAUUAUGAAGGUGCCUGCCGUUAGGAAUGAAAAAUUUUAUAGCUGUUGUGAAGAACCAUAUCCGGAUAUUAUAUUUAACAUAACGUUAAGGCGAAAGACACUUUUCUACACCGUAAACUUAAUCAUACCUUGCGUUGGGAUAUCGUUCCUUUCCGUGCUGGUGUUUUAUUUGCCGAGUGACUCCGGCGAGAAGAUAUCAUUAUGUAUAAGUAUACUGCUGUCGCUGACCGUGUUUUUUCUGCUGCUUGCCGAAAUCAUUCCGCCGACGUCGCUCACGGUACCGCUGCUCGGCAAGUAUCUGCUGUUCACCAUGAUGCUCGUCACACUGUCGGUCGUCGUUACGAUUGCCGUGCUGAAUGUCAACUUUCGAUCGCCCGUCACGCACCGAAUGGCACCGUGGGUGCAUCGUGUUUUUAUAGAGCUACUGCCGAAGGUUCUGUGCAUAGAGCGGCCGAAGAAGGAGGACGAACCAUCCGACAACGAUGAUCAGACGCCCACGGACGUGCUGACGGACGUGUUCCAGGUGCCGCCCGAUGUGGAGAAGUACGUCGGGUUCUGCGGGAAGGAGUACGGCACGGACUUUGAUAUACCCGCACUGCCACCGUCACGGUUUGAUGUGGCCGCCUCGGGUGGCGUUGGGCCGUGCUUUGGGGAACCUCCGCUACCAGCACUGCCACUGCCGGGCGGCGAUGACGAUCUGUUCAGCCCGACCGGCAACGGGGACAUGAGCCCGACGUGUUGCGGCGAUCUCAGCCCCACCUUCGAGAAGCCGCUGCUGCGCGAGAUGGAGAAAACGAUCGAAGCGUCACGGUUCGUUGCGCAGCAUGUUAGGAAUAAGGACAAGUUCGAAAGUAUAGAGGAAGACUGGAAGUAUGUGGCACUAGUACUGGAUCGUCUGUUUCUGUGGAUCUUUACGAUAGCGUGCGUGAUGGGCACCUGCUUGAUUAUCUUGCAAGCGCCCAGCCUGUACGACAACACGCAACCGAUCGAUGCCAUGUACUCGAAGAUUGCCAAGAAGAAGAUGGAGUUGCUCAAAAUGGGGAGUGAGAAUGUAUAGCAUCCGCCCGGGUUCGCAUCCGCCGUUUGGAAGUACAUUCUAAACUGGAUGCGAACCCUGGUCAACGAGGAUGACCACUAAACGCCAAUCAAGUCGCGUAAAAAAACCCAUCGUCAGCAACGGUAAAAACAACGAACUGGUACACAAACACCCUCCCCUGUACAGCAUCCCUUCCCAUUCCCUUUAUCCUUCCGCCCAUCACCCAUUCUCCUCAUCCAUCCCGCAGAAGCUUGGGGUUAGGUCCUAAAGGAUCUAACGUCGUUGCCUCUGUCAACAACGGUGAGCGCCCUUAAGCGUCCACACGCGCUAAUCAAGCAAAUAAUGAAAACACAUUCAUGUAAAAGGCGCCUCGCAUUGCUCCUAACCUGCGAUACAAGGCGAGCGAACGAAACACGUUCCUAUCAUCUUGAUUAGCUCCGUUAUUUUUUUGGGAAUCCUUCCUUCUGCCACACCUCAAACUCAAAACGGCAUGUUGUGCGAACAUGCGAGUGUCAAUAACAAUCAAAUUAAGGUUAAUGUAAAACGAGCGAGCAUCGGUGGAUCCGGUGGCCGGAGUGAAACCCUGUACUCCGGACCGUCACAGGACAGGCGCCGAGUCGAGACGAUAUUCUUCAGCACGGUCAACUGGCAGCUCGCAGCAAAUUGGACGCCGGCGAGGCCCAAUGGAUGAGGAACAGCAAACCGCACUAAUGGAAGGCACACUUCAAAGAAAUCACGAUAAACUGGCUGCGUAGCAGCUCUAGCAAAGCAAAACCGCUUCCACCAGUGUAGUUGUGUCCGCGUAGGCAGCAAAAGAUUAAUUAAGGCGGUGAAGCCGCGUUACGCCGCACCAUCUAUCUAGGGAGCCGCAUCAUCGUAACGUUGUCGUAGUACAGUACAGUACACGCAGCCAUUUCGUUUUUGGCGAGUAAUUUAAACAAAAAGAAAAGGGGGCAUAUAUUAGCACAUGAACAAUUCGUUGUUAACGUUAAGUUGUUGUUCGAUAGCACUUUUCAAUUUUCCCACCGUUAAUUCGUUGGUUUCGUGCGAUAGAAAAUGCGCAGCCGGUUUUUGACAGCUACCUGAUGGCAGCAACCGGUGGGCAAUUUGAAGAUCGAUUAAAGCAGCACACUACUACACAACAGCACAAUCGGUAACCCAUAGCAACGGUAGCGAAAUUCGAACCGUUCGAGUUCACGGGUUUUGAUACUGUUUUUAGCUAAAGUAAUACACGGAUUUUUGGUGCAAAAAUUCCUCUCUUAGGUCGUUUCUUGAUGCGAUUUUCCUGUUUUUUUUUUUCAUAUCAGUUCGAUGUUGAAAGUACGCCAGAAGCUUCGUUAGCGUCAGGCCCACCCAGUACGGUCGACUAAAUAUUACGAAUAUGCGUAUCUUAUGGGAACCGUUUUUUACGUUUACGAAUGUGUAGUGAUUUUAACUCGACUGUUUCAAAUGUGUUAAAACGAACGGAACGGUGGCCAAAACCGGACAAAACGCAGCGCCCAAUGGCCAGUCGAAUGGCCGCGCGUGGUAGAAAUAAUAUGUUUAAAACAAAAACAAAAAAAAAUAUGAAAACAAUCAGCAUGAAUUGGUCUGAUAAUGAAGUGUCUUAACUACAGGAAAUUCUACCAAAAUUCCCGGAUUAUAUAAGGAGAGGAAGGGACGGAUCCUAUCGCCAAUGCGCAAAAACAGGCAUUGCGUGAUCACGAAUAUCGGUUAGGUGUAGCCGCAUGCGCCGCCUCCGAAACGACAUCAAUGCAUUUUGGGUGGUACACACAGAGCGAAAAAACCAAAAGGGGCAAACACGGAAAAUACCACGGUUACCAAAUCAAACGGAACGAACUGCAACUGGGGAGAAGCAGUUCGGCACGCGGCGGUCUGUAUAAAACCGCGCAAGUAAUUCGGUGUUUCGGCGCAAGCUCGGUAGACAAAAAAAAAGGGGGUAGCUUUUUUUAUAAAGGAAGAACCCAUUUUCCAAUCACAUUUAAAAACUAGCUCAAAUUGCACCAUCGGGCAUCGGCAUCGGGAUUGCGCAUACGUAGGGAUGUGCCGCCAUUUCUAACUAAUUGAGUGAAAUAAUCAAAACAAAAAAAAAUCUACGCAAAAAAACCAUUGAAAUUGCGCCCGGAAACCGGAUAGAUCCGUUUUAGACGAUAAGCGGGCACGUGGG